CUAAUCAAAGGCCUUAGAUGAACCCGCCAAAAAAAGAAACGAAUUUCGAAUGAAACGGCAUAGUACACAUUUUAGAGACAGAAUCAACAGUACUCAGAGCUACUUGUCGGUUAUAUACCUCUAGUCAUAUCCCGCCACGUGUCCCUUAAUCCCCUAUAUACACUACCGGAAUCACAGAUACCAUCUGCCCUAUAGAAUAUCCCUUGUAUUUUUCUGCGUGUUUUGUGUGAGGGCUAUGGAGAGAAAAUUACCUCUUCUUCAACCGGAGUUUAAUGCCGGAGAAGCGUUAUUACUGCCACUUAUGGAGUCUGAUGAAGCCUUCAUCAACGGCAUGUAUAACGGACUGAGCUAUCAGUCUCUGUUGAGUUUGAACCUCGACCACAGCUACUAUGGCGAAGUGAAACCUUUUUCAGCUCACUCAUCUAAUUUUCGCCCUUCUUUCACCAAUGAUAUGCUCUGCGCUGGUGCUACUGCUUCGUCUCAAAUCCAGCAAAGUUCGGCGACUUUUCAUGAGUUCUAUUCUGGAGAUUCUGCAUGGCUUAAUAAGAAGACGGAGAUCAAUCCCGAUGCUGCUCAAAAGAUGAAAUUCCCAAAACUGGAACCAGUAACUGAUAAUCUCCAGUUAUAUCCAUACAACAAUGAGGUUGUGUUGAGUGAGCCGUUCAAUUACUUCUCCAACGGCUUUGGAUACCACAGUCUUCCAGAUCUCCGUUGCCUCGAACAGCCAAACUAUUUGGAUUUCUCGUCAUCGCUGGUCACAACAGAAAACCGAGUCGUCGAACCGGUGAAGCCUGUUUCAGAAGUUAUGAGUAACCUCCUAAAAAACAGGCAGCCGUAUAGUUCAUCUACAACUCGAUUGCGAAGGCAGAAGCUAAGCGAGAAAAUACGAUGUUUAGAGAAGCUAUUGCCAUGGGACAAGAAAAUAGAUACGGCGACUAUGCUAGAAGAGGCGUACAAAUACGUGAAGUUUCUACAGGCGCAGAUUAGCGUCCUACAAAGCAUGCCUCCGCUGGUAGAAGGAGGUGCUUCUUCCGAUCAGGAUAGAAAUGGAAAAAGUACAAGCUAUGGAUCAAAUCAUGAAGCGAAGGCAAUUAGCGUUUUUGGGACACUGGCGAGGCUGAACAGGCAGCAGCUUUUACAGGUUUUACUGAACUCGCCUGUUGCUCAGACCUAUCUCUACUCAAAAGGCUGCUGCGUUUACUCCGUAGAACAGCUGGUUCAGUACAGGAAAAUUGCUCAGAGAAACGCUUUCUACCGCCGAUCUUUGUUUUUUUCCGGCAUGCUCUCUUGAACAAGGCGAUUCCGAUUCUCAGGUGCUCAUAGCUAAUUUGGAAACUCCCCUCUUUUUUACUUUUUUGGUUGAAAAAACAGUGAAAGUUUAGGCCAUAGUAGUAAAGGGAAAAUCUGUAGAUGUGUGAGAAAUUGUUAACUGCACUGAACUAUGAAGUAGUGUUAGUCUAUUCUAAGUUUUGCUAAUCAUUACAUGUAAAGCACGUGAUCGCUAUG